AUGCAGACUGCCCCGAUAUCAGCGAACACGCAGUCAGCCAACACAGAACCUGCCGAACAACCGCGCCUAUUCCAGUGUAGCACUUGCAAGAGGUCUUUCACACGUGCAGAUCACCUCACAAGACAUGUGAGAGCGCGUAAGUCAGUAGCUAGAAUCCCGAAGAUCAAUAUGAUACCAUUGAGCUUGACUCGAUCCAAGCCUUACAUUUGUCCCGUCUGCUCCAAAGGCUUUGCCAGAAUAGACUUACUCAAGAGACAUGUAACAAACCACGAUACAGAGCCUGCCAGUAAGCGGCAAAAACGCGAGAUCGCUCGUGAUACCAGAGUUGUCCAGGCUUGUGAAGCUUGCUCUCAAAGCCAUCUUCGAUGCGAAGACGAAAAGCCAUGUAGUCGUUGCAAGAAGAAGAAAAUACCCUGCCGGGUACCUGAAACUCCUGCUCCAGAUGAAAACGACAUCCAUGAGAUUGAUGCAGUUCAUGCGGCACAGGAUCUGCUCGACCUUUCGAAUGGAUUUGAUUACCCCUCAUCGCUGCCGGCUCACAGCGGGAGCGGCAAUCCUUCGGCAUCUACGACUUCAGAGACCCCAGAGCCAUUUCACAACCCACCGCCCAUGCUCAUAACAGACACCACAAAUAUGCACCGGCAAUCCGUGGAUCCUGGUGACCCUGAGACAAGAACAACGAAUUUGACAGACAUGCAGCCACCAACCAACAACGGCGGUGGACUCGUCGUGAUGAAUCAGAACUACGAAGAUCCUAACGCAACCAUGACUUUCCUCGAUAAUUCCAUGUCGCACUUUGAUAACACGCCAGGGCACAACCCUUUCUUACCAGAUUAUUUUCGCAGCAUGCCCCCUUUCGAGGCAUUCAUGUCUGGUCAGGCAACUCCACGUGGUAUCAUGGAUUUCAGCUUCGAUCUUGAUGUUGGAUUGACUGACCUCGAUCUUGGACUUCUUGAUCAAUACAAUUUCCAGGUUCCGUUCGCCGCCGAUACGCCAUCUACGGAUGCUCAAGGGGCGGAGCAACAAUUGUCGGAGACUGACACUGCGCCAUUAAGGGCGGAAGCCUUCAAGCAGAGCAUAUGGCGGUAUCUUCCUCAACGGUCGAGAAACCAUACUGCAGAACAAGUCAACUUGGCUGUACCGGACACAGAGAAAGACAGCUACCGGCGUUCGAACUUUACACAUCGGCGCGUGGUAGCAGAAAACCGCGACCGGUUGAUGGCUUUGGUCCUCGGUACAUGUAGCCCAGAGAACGUCAAACGUAUAGCGUCCGCCUUUCCCAGUAUGGAGCUACUGGAUGGUCUGAUCCAAUACUUUCUAUCUUCACCAUCGAUAGAUGCGCCCAUGUGGUUCCAUUUACCAACCUUCUCUCCUUCGAAAAUGAACCCAGAAUUGCUUGCUUCUGUAGUUUCUGCUGGGGCUGCUACACUCCCUGACAUAUCUUUGCGAAAGCUAGGUUAUGCUCUGCAUGAAGCUUCGAGGAUGGGCCAAUCAAAAUCCUUCGAAGAGGACAACACCGCCAUCAGAGAUCUCCAACAUCUACAGACGUUCCUUCUGCAGCUCAAAGUUGGUAUGUGGAGUGGCAUCAGCCGGAAGAUGGAGAUCGCGGAAAGCUUUCUCCAGCCUCUUAUGACUAUGCUCCGCCGCGGUGGUCGCUUUCGUCGGUCGACAUGGAAAGAAAUUAGUCCGUCGCCCGACGACCAAGGCUCAGUUUUAGAAAGCAAAUGGCUGAGUUGGGUCGGUCAAGAAUCCUUUCUCCGCUUGGUUCACCGAGCCUUUGAGUUUGAUCGGCAGUCCUCGAUGGCACUCCUCAAGCCACCGCUUAUAUCCUAUGCCGAGAUGCAACUUCCUCUACCGAGUGCGAACACGUUGUGGCAGGCCAAGAAUGCGGCCACCUGGAAGAUGGCGUAUUUGGAAAUGGCUUCAGUGACUACGAAGCGGCCGUCGGCUACCGAGUGUCUAUUGAACUUGGAACAUCAAGUUCAUGAUUAUGCCAAUUCGACGUAUCUUCAUAUGAUGUGGGGUCCAAUCUGGGAGUAUCGCCAGAUGUGCGCCUUGACAUCUAGAUCGCAAUCGCAGCCUACCAACAGUCUCAUAUUAUCGUCGCGUUAUCAAGAGCUCACAAAGCAGCUUGAAGAUUUCAGGCUGAGCACUCCGCCUAUGAGCAAGAGUGUUGAGAUAACACUAGAGAUCAUGUUGGUCCAUCUCAACGCACCUUUGGACGACAUCCAGCUCUUUGCGGGCAUCGAAGGGCAGGAAGAGGCACGGGGCGCAUACGUUGGUUUGCGGGAUUGGGCGAAGACUCCGUCGGCGCGUCAAGCCCUGUGGCACGCUGGCCAAAUCCUGCGUGCAGCUGAGGUGCUGCCGAAAGCUCUGCUCAGUAACUUCAACGCCAUUGCUGUCUACCAUGCGGGGCUCAUACUAUGGGUCUACGGUAUUCUCAAACGCUCUAUUACGACGGAACAGGGUCCGGUCGAUACGGCUGUCGUUCUCAACGGAGACGACCUGCUGAGCGCCCGAAAGUUCAUCACCCUAGACCGGGGCAUACCAGCCAUCAAGAGUUCCGGAUCACAAAAUCCCACCCAACUGACCGACGUCUGUGGAGUCAUGGAUAGCUUGACACAGCUCCUUCGAGCGCAUCAUGACGCGUCAGAACCAUCUCCACCGCUGGUCGGGAACUUGGUACAGUUGUUGGAAGGCCUCCGAUCUGCCAUCAGAUGA